AUGUGGGUAACAUUGCAAUCAUCCAGCCUGAUAGAUGUGAUCAUAACAACCAGUGAAAGUCUGAUUGUGAAAAGUGGAGUGGUAGAAGUUAACAUUAGUGAUCAUUUCUUGGUUAGUUGUGAACUUAAUUUUAAAAAGCCAAAACUAAAACCAACAUACAUCAAUGCAGGAAGUUUUAAAGAUUACGAUCGAAAUCAAUUUGUCAUGGAUUUAGCACAAAUACGUUGGCAUGAAAAUUUUUCAAUUGAUGAUGAGAAUGAAAAACUCUCCUCAUUUAGUGGUCACUUUUUGAGUAUCUUGGAAAAACUUGCACCGGUUAAGAGCAUGAAAAUAAGAUAUCGAUGGUGUCCAUUUAUGAGUAGAGAGAUUAAAGAACUUAUGAAAAAUAGAGAUAAAUUACAUAAGCUUGCACGACGAACCAAGAUGACAACAGAUUGGGAAAAUUACCGUGUUUGUAGACAGGCUGUAAAAAAAGCGUUACGUGAAUCUGAAAGGAAGUAUGUACAGAAUGAAAUUCAUAAAAACUCAAACAGAAGUUCUAUGUGGAAAGUUAUAAGGAACUGCCUACCCCGUAAAGAGUCAACGGAACUUAAGUAUUCAAGAAAUAUCACGGAACUAUAGUGGAGGAGUUUAAUUCUUUUUUUCACGACAGUGGGUAUUAAAGCAUCAGAGUCUGCUACUGCACUUUUAACUAAAUAUAAUCUACCAACCAUAGACUUACCAGUACCUGCUCAAAUUCCUGUGUCAGGUCAAUUUCACUUCCAUCCGGUUUCAUGUAGUGAUGUACAGCAGAUCAUCAUGUCCUUUUCCUCAAAUAAGGCACCGGGAUUAGAUAAAGUCCCAAUGAGUAUUAUCAAAGAUGCCUUACAAUGUAUCCUCCCUGCGUUAACAGAUAUUAUUAAUUGUUUAUUGCUUACGUCCGAAUAUCCAACAUUAUGGAAGAUGGCGGAAGUUGUUCCCCUCUUAAAAGAUGGGGAUCAUGAGAUCGCAGACAAUAAUCGUUCUGUGUCUUUGCUAAUUGCAGUAUCAAAGAUUUGUGAACGAGUUGUAUUGAAUCAAUUGACUGACUAUAUAUACUGA